UGUUACUUUCGAUAUGGCAACGAAGAAACAGGAGGAGUUGUCGCGGAUCGGGCAGAACCUGCUCGGAUACUCGAAAAGCUCGUACCGUUGGGAGGUAGUUUGGAAGAAUGUUAUCAUCUUCAGCGUCCUCCAUGCUUUGGCACUCAGAGGUUUAUACCUUUACAUCUUCAAGGCGAAAAUAGAAACAAUGAUCUUCUUUUGGAUGUACAGUUGGUUGGGUGGAUUUGGAAUCACUGCAGGAGCGCAUCGUCUAUGGUCCCACAGAUCGUACAAAGCGAAAACACCAUUGCGGUAUUGUUUAGCCGCUUUCCAGUGCAUCGCCGUUCAAAAUCACCUUUAUGAAUGGUGCAGGGAUCAUCGGGUCCAUCAUAAAUUUUCCGAGACUGACGCCGAUCCACAUAACGCGAAAAGGGGUUUCUUUUUCUCGCAUAUUGGGUGGCUGUUGCUGAGAAAGCAUCCGGACGUCCGAGAGAAAGGAAAAUUCAUUGAUAUGAGCGAUAUAGCUGAGGAUCCAGUAAUUAAAAUCCAAAAAAAGUAUUACACUCCAUUGGUGGUGUUGUUCCGAAUCUUAGUGCCGUUGUACGUGGAUUGUUACUUGCUAGGUGAAAAACUUGGAACAGCUUUCUACGUUAUGGUUGUAUUAAGUUACAUAUACAGUUUACACGUAACUUGGUUAGUAAACAGUGCAGCCCAUCUAUUUGGAAACAAACCGUAUGAUCAAUCGAUUAAUCCAAGUCAAAACAGAUGGGUGUCCAUAGCUUCUCUAGGCGAAGGAUGGCAUAACUUCCAUCACGUAUUUCCAUGGGAUUAUAAAGCUAAUGAAUUACCGUUCACCUCCAACUGGACUACGCGUUUCAUUCACUUUUGGGCUGCAUUAGGUCAAGCCUAUGACUUGAAGUCCGUCAGUGCGGAAUUAAUUAAACAGAGAGCGACAAGGACGGGUGAUGGUAGUUUGUUCAAAAGUGCAACAACCGUUCAAUAGAAUUGUAAUUCGACGAAUUCCC